GAAUUCCGGCGGGGAGAGAGGCGCGAUGGAGGUGUCCUCGCUCGUCAGGAAGCUGGGUCAUGAACUGGCAGAGAUAAGAGAACGGUCACUGAAGAGCAUUCUGUUUAAAUUGGAUCAUAACUUGGUUUCCUAUGCCGAUCUGGUCCAUGAGAAAGUGCUUUUCCCCAAUCUCUUGGAGUGGUUCAACUUUCCUAUAGUGCCAAUGAAGGAGGAAGUGCUGAAUUUUGUGAGCAGUUUGAUCAAGCAUCCACCUGCUGCUCAAAAAAUGAUUGGAAUUGGUGCAGUGGAGUUCUUCUCUCAGCUUCGCUCUGAUGUGGAUCCAAACUUGCAGGCUAUAAUAGAUGGGAUAAUGGAUGGACUGUUUUUACUUCCUUCUGAAAUUCCUUCUAGUUGUUUAUCAGGGUGUUACCAAACUCAGUCUCAGCCUUCAGUAGAUCAACCAGUUCUGCCUCAAGAGGAAUUGCUUACUGGAUAUUUUGGUCAAGAGAGAAGUCAUAUGCGCCAGUUAGAAAUACCUUUGAAAAGAACACUUGCGAAAUGCUUGAAAUUUUCCACAUUUCCUUGGCUAACUCUUACUUCAACAGAUAGACACAUUCUGUCAUCAAAUGAAAGCUCUUUAAGAAGUAGCAACCAAAGUUUAAUUUGGAAUACAUGUGAACUUCUUCAAGAUGUAAUUAUGCAAGAUUUUCCUGCUGAGAUCUUCCUUCAGAGACCAAAGAUCGUACAGAGCCUUUUAUCUCUACUAAACCUAGCUUUUGGGGGAGAUGGAAGACAUCGAUUAGCUUUACAGGCCGUAUCGUGUCUACGACAGCUGUGCAUCUUCUUAAGAAGCAGGCUUAACUUCCACAGAGAUCCAAGUUUUUUUUCCACUGAGCAGGGCACAACUUCCCAGAAUUCUUCUAUAUCUUACUGUGAAGAAGCAAGAGAUGCUCCUCGUUCUCAGAAUCCAUCACCUGGAAGUAGUAGUCCUCGGCCAUCUGUGAUUGGACGGACAGUUCAGCGUCCUAGAGGAGAUGGUCAAGAUUGGGAUGCAGCAUCUUCUAGUGGAAACAGUACUCAAGCAAAUGCGGACUCGAGAAUCUCUCUGCGUUCUCCACUUGACACAGGACAUACUGACCUACCAGAUAUUGAAAAUGAGGACACUUUGGAAUUACAGAUGAAGCAGUUUAGCCUUCCCCAAUUCUGUGUUUCCAUCUUGGAAAAUGCUAUACCUCUUCUAAGAACAGGCAGCAGGAGGAUGACGAUGGAGGUUCUUGAGUUGCUUGUUGAAGACCUGUACCUUAUUGGUGAUGCUAUUUCUGAGAAUGUUUGGGAAGAUGAGAGCCUUUUUGGAUUGGAACUGAAAGACAAAUUGCUUCUGGUCUUGGGCUUGCUUGGAGAAACUAUACUAUAUCACAAAACCAAUAUAAGUGCAGAGCAGCCUGAGGUGAUGAUGGUGCAUCACAGAAUGGCAUUUGUUAGCAUUUCGCUUUUCACAGUUAGAUUGCUGCAAACACUUCUUCCUGUGGAAAAGGCAAGCAAAGUUCUGCAAAAGAGCUUGCUGAGUGCUUUGUUCCUUCUAUCUCUGGAUGUGCCCUUUUCCUUGGAAUAUCCAAGCAUUCAUGAAGCCGUUGCAGCCUAUUUGGAGCAGAUGAGUUCUGAGAACUACAGUAUUUAUAAACAAGCUUCAGAAGCUGCUUAUUCGAUUGAAUGUACUUGUAGCUUUAUGAUUGAAGUUCAUAAGAAGGGGGAGAAGAAUCUUACUGAAUUAGUAGAAUUGGCAGAUCAGGCCUUACAUAGCCUACCCUACCAUCAACACUUAGCCUUGCUUCAGGAGAGUAUUCACAUAUGCUCUAAUAUUUCUAAGUCUGUCCAGGCUGACCCAUUGCUCCACGCUGAGAGUCAGAAGGUGCUUCUCCAUCUUUUGGCUCAUCCUUUGCUGAAUGUAAAAGCUGAAGCCUAUCGCUGCUGUCUGGAAGUGGUUAAGGGCUGUUUAGAUAUUCAUAAUGUUGCUGAAUCUGUGUCUUCAAUCUGCCAUGGAGUACAUUUUCUUCUUCAUCCAAAAGUUUUAUAUGAAAUUGCUGCGUUUGGACUUCAGGAAGAAAAAAAUGAGGUGAACUCCACAGCCAAGGCCAUUCUGAUGCAUCUAUUACAGGGCCAAUUAGUAAUGACUAUAUUGACUUGGAACAAGUUUCUUGAUGCUCUCUAUCCCAUCAUUCCUGUUUUACAGGGUUAUGCUGACACAAAGGAAGAGCUAGGUAACUGCAUCCUCACUUUGAGUGAAACGUCCUCUGACAAAGGAGACGGUAUUCUCCCUAGAACUACCAGGUUACGAGCUGCUCUGCGUCUUCUCUUCUCAAAAAAGCACUUGGUUCGUUCUAUAGCACUUAAACAUUUAUUAUUCCAUCUUUUGAAUGAAGAAGGAGCAAGCUUGAAACGUCCAUGUCUGCAUGGCAGUGCGUUUACUAGUAUAUCAAACUUAUUUAUUAUAGAAGGAGCCAUUGAGCUGAAGUUGGAUGAUAAAAUGGAGUCUAUAUUUAAGAUAGAAACAAUUGAAAAGCUUUAUGACAUCUUGACUUCUGAUGCUGUUGACAUAGUUUUACGAAAGUCUGCAGCUGAGCAGCUGGCCAUUAUUUUACAAGAUACCAACAUGCAUGGUAUUGUGAAAAAGUUGGGUAUGGUAGAAAAGGUUUUGGCUUAUCUUAGUGAAUGUGUACAUGUGAAUGGCAAGGUUAUGGAAUCCAUAGUGUUACCUUGUCUGACACUCUUACGGAAACUCAUAUAUGCUGAUUCAGAUGUUCGUUUGUCUCUAGCACAGCAAUCAUCUUUGUUGCUUUUACUUUUCAGAGUUUCGCUGAUAUUCCAAAAUGAUCAAGCUGUUUUAAUGGAAGCUACAGUAUUGCUUUGUCUUCUGUUGUUCGACGAAGUAUCAAGAACAGACAUGUGGACUGAGAGCAUAAGCAAAAAUGGUCCUGCCCUACCUGCCUUCAGUUUACCUGUUGCUGUUGUUAGACGAUAUCAUCUCCCAGUCAAGAUCACUGCUCAUCAUAUAGUUAGCCCUAAUUCCAUUGUAGUGCCAUUGUCUUCUGAAUGCUUGUCUAUGAAACCUGUGUCAGAUAUGCUAAAGAUGUCUUGGAAUCUGUCGUGGUACCAUGGGACUGAAAACCUGUUGCAACUGAAAAAUUACGAGAAGCAAGCAGAAAUAUUUUUAGACACACUAAAACUCUCCUCAGAAGACAUUCUUAUACUGAAAAUUACUCACACAACCUAUGGCCUGCAGGACUGUCUUAAUUCAAUCAUUCAAGCAGUAUCCCACAGGGAUGUUAAAGCUUCUCUCAUUAGGCUCAGCUUUUAUGCUCUGAAUGACAGACUUGCUUUAAAAUGUAUCUCUGGAUCUUGUCAAACCAUUUUGAAGAGCAUUGUUUGGCAAAAAGCAAUAAAUAGAUUUUUGCAAGUACUUCCAGCUUCUGCUGAGGAUGAGAAGCUUUUGGUAGAUGUCCUAAGAUUUUUAAACAAAUUGUGUAGAGAGCAGAGAGCAAGCUUGGAGGCAGAUCAUAUAAUGUGGAUCCUGAAAUCAUUGCUUAAAAACAAAUCAAAUUCCCUUUUGGGCCUCUUGGUGCGACCAGAAUCCCAAGUGCGGGAUGAAACAGAUGAAAUACAGACUGCUGUCAGACAACAACUGGAUAAAGAACUCAUUCAUCUUUUUAACAUACUGCUAUUUUGUUCAAUGUCAGUGACUGACAGAGAGGGCUUGGAACUUGCUGGCUGUUUCAGAACUGAACUGGCUCUCAAGCUGCUACAGUGCUUAAGGCUAACAGAUGCACCACAUUUUUAUGGACUUCCUUCACUGGAGAGAACAUUGAGAGGAAUGGUUCAUGUUACUGCACUUCCAGACUGGAGUACAUAUUCUGCUACCACUGAACCUGUCACAAUUUGUAAGAAAUACUUAACAGGUCUUCUUGAAGUUAUCUCAUCAUUUUAUGUUGAAUGGGGAGGAAAUGCUAUGUCCUUCAUGGGAAAAGGUGUUACAAAAAGCACUGUUCUUUGUUUGCUUCACUUAUCUCAUGAAAUGAUGGCUCAAGCUAAGGAUACAGACUGGGUGUCUCUUUGGUCUUUGCCUUACAAUAACAGUGAAGAUCAAGUUCCUUCUCACCUAGGUCUGACAUGGCUGGUUCCUUUAUGGGUAGAUAGAGAUCCUGAGGUCAGAUUUACUGCGCUUGGAAUAGGAUCAGCUCUUACAUCUCUUGAAAUAGGUUGCAUUGCUUUAGCAGAGAGUUGCCAGAACAUUUCAGGAGGGUUAUGGGGAACAGUGUUAAACAUCUUUCUAGACCAAUCUGAAUGCAGCAUGGUGCGCAGGGAGGCUGCUUUUAUUCUACAAAAUCUCCUUGUGAUCCCAAUUCCUACUGAAGAUCUAAAAGACUGUGUUUGGCAAGGACCCUGUGUACAUGAUGAAGAAACCGGCCUCUCCCAGACUGGAAAACCUGCACUUAAGGCUCUUUUGCAUCACUGUCAGUUUUACAAACAUUUGAUUCAGAUGGUGAAACACUGUUACCUAGGUUGUUACAUGUUUGAUGUGAAUUCUUCCAAGGAAGACAACCACAUCAUUGAGAAAAGUGGUUCAACUGAUUUUGAUGAUUCUCUUAAUCUUUGGAAGGUUCUAUCCAGUCAGAGCCCAUCUUCACAUUCUCAAUCAACAUCAGAAACUAUGAUUCUGUCUGUAUCACCAGCACCAGGGAGUGUUAUGGAGCUUCAGGCAGCAGUCCCAACAAAUUCAACGAGUUUCAUUCCUGAAACUGCAGUUAAUCGGCUUAUGGCGCAAGGUCACAGUGAUACUACCACAACAGCAUCUCCAAGUCAACAUGAUUCUCCUAUGUCUGCUGCAAUGUCUAAACAGUGUGCUGUAGUCACACCUGCACUUUUGUCAGCUGUUUGCAGCCUUCUGCACAAUCUGCUGAUUGUUACACCAAAAGAUACUGGAAUUGCCCUUCAACGAGACUUGCUAACAGCUCUUAGCAGUCUUGUAAGUGCUAAUCUGGUCGAGAGGUGUGUCUUGGAACUGAAAGCUCCAUUGGGUAAUCCAUGUCAUACAGAACAUGUAAAAGCUCAGGUAUUAUUGCUACUUCAAUACUUAUCAUCUGUGUCCAGGCUUCUGAAGUCAUGUUUACUUGUGGACUCUCAGCUUGUAGUUCAGGAUGAACUGUUGAAACCUCUCUUAAGAAAUGCCUUCAUGAUUCUCUCAAUUCGCUCUAAAGGUGGGCUAGAUGCUGAGUUAAUAUCUGCACUUCAUGAAACCUGGGUAGAUUUCUUCAACCUUCUAACUACAUUAUUGUGGAACAGUAGCCAAAUAGCUUUUCCAUUUGUGGUGGCAGCUCUUGCAAGUCAUUGUACAGCAGUAAUUGAUACAAUUUGUGAUUGUAUUCAUCUGUCAACCACUCAUCCAGCUUUAUAUACAGCUAGUUUACAGUUCCUUUCUGUCCUUUUGAACGAAGAAGGAAGAAGACAACUGCAAGAUAAACAGAGCGUACGUCAGGAUCCAACUGUUAGCUUUCUUUUAGAUCACUCUGAGGAAUGUCAGGCAUCAAUGACUCAACUUACUGAAUUAAUUAUUCAGGUUUGUGAAAGGAAAUCUUCAAAGGAUGUGCUGAAAGAAGUUGCUGUAAAUGCAUUGCUCUCUCUAUUAGCUGUCAGUAAAAAUGCCCAGAAAUAUGCAUUGGAAGUUGACCUGAUAGGUAGCUGUAUAGAACAGAUGAAACAUAUUCAUGCACAACUGAAUUUGGAUUCUCUAAAGCCUGGGAAACCACAGAAAAAAAAGGAGGAUAGCUUUAAAAAGCAGUUAAGAUGUGCUAUGCAGCUUCUUAGAAACUGCCUCUUUCAAAAUGAAGAAUGCAAGAUAGCAGCACUCAAAGCUCAUCUUGUUCCUGUUCUGCAUUUGCUAUGGCCAUGGCUUUUAACAGAUGACUCCUCAAUGGAAAUAGCUCUACAUUUGCUUUGUGUCUACACUGCAUACUAUCCUGCAGGUUGUGCUUCACUUUGUUGGACCAGUGGUGGACAAUCAUCAUUUGUGUCUGUACGAAGUGCAGCUGGCAGUUCAUUAAUGCAUAACAUCUUGAAAUUGGCUUCCCAAGUAUCUGAUGAUAACAGCCCACUUCAGCACGUGAUCUUUGAUCUUCUUUCUAACCUUGCUCUAUCUCAUGACUGUAAAGGAGUUAUUCAGAAAAGUAACUUCCUGCAGAACUUUUUGUCUCUUUCAUUACCAAAAGGAAGUCAUAAAAAUCCUAGCAAUGUGUGUACUCUUUGGCUAAAGCUGCUACUGAACAUAUCUUUUGGAGAAGAUGGACAGCAAAUGCUUAUGAAGAUAAAUGGGUUUUUAGACCAGAUAGUGGAGAUGUGUAAAUGCAAACACAAGAGCAGCCAACAUAUAGCACUACUUAUUCUUCAUAACAUAUGUUUUAGUCCAACAAAUAAGCCCAAGAUAUUAGCUAAUGAUAAAGCUAUUGCAGUGCUAACUACCUGUUUGGAAAGUGAUAGUUGUGCAGUUCAGAGAAUUGGAGCAGCUUCACUUUGGGCAUUGCUUCACAACUAUCAGAAGGCAAAAGUGACUUUGAAGAAUCCAUCAAUAAGGAGAAAAAUAGAUGAAGCGUAUUCUUUAGUGAAAACUACUCCACAGCCAGAAGGAAAUGAGCUAAAUGCCUACUACUUAAAAUGCUUAGAGAAUGUAGUGCAGCUUCUUGAUUGUUAAUGACUAUCAGAUGAAUUCUCAUCUUGAAAUUGGACAGAUUGCUCAAUGGAAGUCUGGAAUUCAAGGAAAGCACUUGUAAUUCAUGGAUUUAUGGCAGCAGCAUGCAUGCUAUGGAAGAAAUUUAUGAAGUCUUUGAGAAAGGAAGUUGAUUGCUUUGAACCAAAGAAGAUCUAUUAAAUGUAGCUUAGACUUUUUGUACUCUCACCCCAGUGGGAAAUUAUAAUGAUGCUGCUAUGUAAAGUAUGUAUGAACAAGAAUGACUGUACAGAGAAAAAAGAUGUGAAAAGACAGUAAUUUUCUUAAAUUAUAUAUUGAAAUUGUUACUAUAAGUUAUUAGAAUUGCUGUUUUGGAUUGGUCUUAAUAAAGUUUUGCUUUUUUUUGUUUGUUUGAUUCA